CAAAACAUUAUUUUAUGCAAACUUUUCCAGCACUGCCUAUUCGCGCCUUUUUUUCUCCCCCAGCACAUUUUAGUUGCACUUUUUGGUCAAAAAAACGGAUUUAAAAUGUUUUCAAAAGCCCGAUCUAUAAAGUCUUGAGAAGAGAUAGCUUCUUCUGAUAAUUUCCCGCCCCGAAAUCGUGAAAAGCGUGCAGUUAAUGCGAUUGCAGCGGUGUGUGUGCGUGUGAAAAUUGCAACAAACACGAGAAACGAGAAAUCUGCGAAGGUAGACCUCAUUAUUAUUGUAUUGUAUAUUGCUUUGUUUGGCCCGUUUGUUGCGAUCUUAUCAGUUUGGCUUCUGUUCUGUAAUCCGUAUACACCAUUCGCUUACACUAGAUAGCCCACAAAAACCAAAAAACACUAAAGAAAACCCACAUUCCCGACACACGCACACACUGAGCAUUAUGUAUUAGAGUAAACCCGAAAAAAGAGACCGAAAUGACCGAUGUAAAUUGUCUUACAAGUGAGCACGUUGCGACCACAAGUCCGCCCGGAACACCCACCAAAAAUGAUGUCCAGAAUCUGCUGAUCGAGCCCACAUCACCGUUUGUACUCCGAGCACCGCCCACCGAGAAGUCCAAGCUGAUCCUCCAGAACAUGGAGGAGGUACUCCAUUCCGUCAAGCAGAAGCACCGCGAGAAGCACAAGCGCAAGCGGGAAGAGAAGCGGAGGGCAGCUGCAGCUCUCCUGGUGGAUGGCGUGGACCAGAAGAAGUCCGACCCGGACCAAGAAAAACCCCAGCCUCUGAGGGAGAAGUCCUCUCAGGAGAAUGGCCUCAAAAACGGUCACCGUCACCGGCGAUCCAGUCCCCUGAAGUGCAGCACUCCUGUGGCCGAUCACCAGAGCAUAAAGAAGCACUUUACCAAACCCGGAAAGCCCGAAAAUGCCAAUGCCCCGGCAGUGGCGGCGGUUGAAACGAAAGCCAAAGCGCCCACCAAUGUCUUUGAGUUUAUGAUGAAUGCCAGAAAUCGUUCCAUUGGCGUUAAUGAAGAUGGAGCUGAUGCACCUGGAGAUCAGGAGGAGGGAGGAGUAGUCACGGCGCAGAGCAAGCGGAAGCAGAUGCUUCAGGACUGGAACGAUCGCAAGGGAGGGACGAAACGACGGCUGGCGGAUGAAGCACGCGGGGAGUUCAUCGAUCAUCAGCUGGAGCAGAGGGCCAAGAGGUUGAAAAAAAUGCUAACCAAGACUGACCCGAAGGAAGUGGUAGCUCCGUCCUCGGCACCUACGCAGAACACAAAACGUCCAAGGGGAAGGCCUCGCGCUCGUCGACUUAGUUCCAUGGACGCAGAGGCGAUUGUGGUCACUCCAAAGCCACAGGAUCCGGAAACCGAUGAAUUUCUCUCGAAACUUUCUUCGCCGACCAAGAAACGGGACAGUCUACUAGGCUACUUUGCUAAGGUGGAGUCACCCAAAGAACUGGCCGAGAAACAAACUGUAGCAAUAGACACCCCACCCAUGGAGACGCCAAAGCGAAGAACCUAUCGCCGAAAGAGCAAUCAGGAGACGCCGGUUGAAGUGGCCGUUGAUUCCACGCCCUCUGGACGACCGAGACGAUCUUGUGCCGGCAAGGCGCGCUAUGAUUACGACCUGGAGACGAGUCCCUCAAAGGCAUCUAAGGUCGCCCAGAAAGUUGCCCAAAAGGCGGAAGAAUCUGUGGAGAUAAUUGAUCUUGACAACAGUAAUCCGGCCAGCACUCCCGUGAAACUCGCCCCACUCUUUGUGAGACAAUUGCCAAAACCUAGCCCUGAUCCUUCGGUACUAAAGGCGCGUCAAGCAUUCCUCCAGUCCGGAGUACCGGACAAAAUCCGCCAAGAACAAAAUCGUCAGAAGCAAUUCGAGCAAAUGUACGAGGAGAGCUAUGAGGUGUUUCCCAGAUUAGCGCACACGGGCUGUGAGAGUUAUGUCUCCAAAUCGGAACCCCUGGAGCUACCAUUCGUUCUUAGGGAUGAGGAAUUCCUUGAGGACGUGGCUGGGAACCCUGGCAAGCGUCGCUCCAAGUCAAGUUCAUUUACGAGCUGCAUUUUCGCGAAUUUGAGCACCAAUUCGGGGUCUAAAAAAACAAGCUACUCAACUCUGGCACAAUUGGAUAACAAGCGUGGCUUUGUUAAGCUUUGGAAGACUGCUUUCGACCGCUUUCCCACCUUCAAGUGCUACAAUCAGAUGCGCGAGAAGUACCGACACUUCAGUGCCAUCGACAGUGCCCAGGACACGCAACAAAUGGGUGAAUCCUUCGUGGUAACGAGACGCACAAGGCGUUCAAUGGAACAGCAGCAUGCAGAUACGGGUGAUGAGGAGGCGAAGCCACCGCCGUCAGCGCCCAAUGGCGAACUGCUCUUCACCGAAAAGUACAAACCGCUGCUGUUCGAGCAGGUGCUGGUGAACUUAACGCCGGUCCAGGAGCUCAAGGAGUUCCUCGCCGGCUGGAGUGGCAACGGGGGCAGCAAUCGCAACUCUCAAACCCUGGACGACUGUUCCUUCGAUCUCAGCCACGACUCCAGUUCCAUGGGCGCUAGCAGCAACACGAUGGUACUCGUCGGACCCUCAUCCAGUGGCAAGACCAAUGCUGUGUUCGCGCUCGCCAACGAUAUGAACUUCAAUGUGCUGGAAAUAAAUGCGGGAAUGAAGCGAACGGGCAAGAAACUGAUUCAGGAACUCCAGGAAGCCACCCAAUCGCAUCAGAUCCGCAAGGACAGCAAGUCGGGUGGCUCCUCCCAGCAGCUGCUCCAAAAACUGCAAAAGGGAAGCCUGAAAGCGAAGGCAGCUGCUAUGGAGAAUCCCUCCGAAGUCCGGAAAUCUCUUAUUCUGAUUGAGGAUGCCGAUAUCCUGUUCGACAACAUGGAUGCUGGGUUCACGGAGGCUAUAUACACCCUGGCAGCUAGUUCCAAACGUCCCGUGAUUGUGGUAGCGACGGAUCCCAAUUGUGCGCACUUGCAGCGCCUGAUGCAGCAGAACCAGAUACACUUCCAGGCCCCCAAUGUCCUGAACAUCUCGCGGUUCCUGGCUGUUCUGGCCCUGAUGGAGAACUGUCCCAUCGAACUGGAUGAGCUGAUCUCCCUGUACUUGUACAAUAAACAGAAUCUGCGCAAGACACUGCUGGAGCUGCAGUUCUACAUUCAAAGCGGUGGAGAUGGUUCUAAAGUGGGGGGUCACAAAUCGCCCACCAAAAAUUCGCUGACCCGACUGGCCACCAUCGACGGCUGCCUCAUCCACCAGCGAUUGUUCGAGUUCUUCACCACCUCCCAGAAUGUCCAGCACCGACUAGUACCAUUUCCCGUCGACUUUGGUCUGUUGCGGUUGAAUCUCCCCGAUUUCAUAGCUUCAUCGCAGCUGCUCAAGGAUUCGGGGGAAGCUGCUGCCGCCAGACCCACUGCCAAACGGAAAUCCCGCUCCCCAAAGAAGGCCUGGCUUAGCAGCGCCACUGGCCAGAAGAAGGAGGGAAGUUCCACUCCUCUGGCCACCUUGGCGUCCUUCUAUGACAACAUAUCGCUUGCAGCUCUGGUGGACUCUGGCAGCGACUGUAGUGAUCGCUUGCAGGUGCAUCUCGCCGAGGACAUUGCGCACUCGCUGGUGGAGCAGGCUCUCCAAACUGGACUGGCGGCCAAAGAGUGUCCCUACAACUUUUUCGACAAGCCAACACAGAGGAAAACCAUCAGCGAGUACCUGGGCAACGGCCUGAUACGAUCCACUUCCGCCAAGGCCCUCGAUUUUGAACCCUGCCUGCGCUCCAUUUGCCGGAGUGAGAAGGAGCGGGCCGGACAGGAGCGGAAGUCCAGUAGAUUCUAUCACUAUCUCCGCAAUCACACGGUGAACGUGACCAGCUUCUCCCUGGAAGCCUUCGACGGUGUCUGCUCCGUUUUUCAAGAGGCGGAGGUCAGCGAGGGUGAUCCUCCAGCGGAGCAGAGUUAGGAGAUUGGGUUUAGUUUAAUUAUUUGAAUUAUUUGAGUGGUGGAGCUGCUCCGCCAGAUAUGUUUGCAAUUUAUUCAGAGAGCGAGGUAAGCAGUAAGCAGAGUUGAUCUUCUUAGACUAGAUGUUUUUUGCAUAGAAUGAGAUGAGACCUAGAGCCUAGACCUAGCUACAAGUUAAUUAUACUAAUUGUAAAUGAUUUACGACCUGAUUCUAAGUAAAUAAAUCUAUUAAAUGACACGUUUAUGAUAA